UACCCCACCGAGUUUUCUGAACUUCAGUAUUCAAUUCAGUGACAUCGCCCUGAAGGGCAUCACUAGGAAAUCACUGUCAUUUUGCUUCAUUUAUUGUCUUUUUUUUUUUUUCCAUAAUGUGCCUCUUUAGAAACACGGGUAGCCAUCAGUUUCGCAUGAUGGUGAGGACCACCAGUCCAUACUCAAAACAUUCACAAACAUCUAUGCACAUAGUGGCUUUUCUCCAUGAACAGAAAGUUUCCAACCUGUUCUUUUUCAUAUAGUAAAAGGAAGUGAGGCCCUUUUGUGAAAUUUUAACAUAUGGUGCCUCAGAUGUUAACUUCACCAUCCGUAACAUAUAUUUCACUUCUACAUCCCAAAACCAUGACAAUUCAUUGAAACCGUUUAAGGAAAAGGGCUCUGUAGGGAGACAUGCCUGCGACCUUCACAGCAGGUGGGUGGGACUAGGCUCAGUCCCAGGAGUGUGGUGAGGCUAAAAGCAAGCGCACAGCUGAAAUCUGCACUUUGAGUGCCCGGGGAGUGCCUGCUGAGGGAUCAGUCAGCACUAAUUAUGCCUCUAAGUUAGGAGCCCUUUUUUAUUAUGUGCUAAAGACUGGGUGAAUUACUCAGGUGAAUAAGUAUACACUGCUCUUUAUUGGAAAAUACAUAAACAGGUUUGAGGUGGUUUGGGAACCAUCCUUUUUAUCCUAUGGCAAAUUAAGUUGGUUUGGUUUUCACCUUUUGGGUGAAGUUCAGUAAGAGUUGGUGUUUGCUCAGGAAGAGACUUAAGGGUGCUUACUUACCCAGAGAAUUCUUCCAGAUUCUAUCCUGGUGAGUCAUUCCUCUAUUGUGUUCGUCUUGUCUUUUCUAGAGCGAACUGCCCGCAGAAGAUGGAUUGGGGCACUUUGCAGACUAUUCUGGGGGGUGUCAAUAAACACUCCACCAGUAUUGGAAAAAUCUGGCUCACCGUCCUCUUCAUUUUUCGAAUUAUGAUCCUGGUUGUAGCUGCAAAGGAAGUGUGGGGAGAUGAGCAGGCUGACUUUGUCUGCAACACUCUGCAGCCUGGGUGCAAAAACGUGUGCUAUGAUCACUACUUCCCCAUCUCUCACAUACGGCUCUGGGCCCUCCAGCUGAUCUUCGUGUCCACGCCAGCUCUCUUGGUGGCCAUGCAUGUGGCCUACCACAGGCAUGAGAAGAAAAGGAAGUUCAUUAAGGGAGAGAUAAAGAGUGAAUAUAAAGACAUCGAAGAGAUCAAAAACCAGAAGGUCCGAAUAGAAGGGUCCCUGUGGUGGACCUACACCAGCAGCAUCUUCUUCCGGGUCAUCUUUGAAGCUGUCUUCAUGUACGUCUUCUACAUCAUGUAUGACGGGUUCUCCAUGCAGCGUUUGGUGAAAUGUAAUGCCUGGCCUUGUCCCAAUACCGUGGACUGCUUUGUUUCCAGGCCCACAGAAAAGACUGUCUUCACAGUAUUCAUGAUUGCAGUGUCUGGAAUUUGCAUACUGCUGAAUGUCACUGAAUUGUGUUAUUUGCUAAUCAGAUAUUGUUCUGGAAAGUCAAAAAAACCAGUUUAAAACAUUACCCAACUAUUAGAUAAAAAUUAGACAGCAGGAAAAGAAUGAGGCAAUCAGUGCUUAGUUGUCAAGGCCGAGUCACCAGCAUUUCCCAAGGUCAAGAUUUUUAUCUUAAAUGUAUCCGAUUGAAAUUUCUGUAGCUCUCACGUAAAACUCCAAGUGCCUCUACUGGCACACUUCUCUCCUAAACUUAAAACACAAAGACUUGAUCCUAUGCCUAUAUUGAUUUUUACUCAGAUUAGUUCCAAUGAUACCCUGUGCUGGUAGGGGAUAUUUGUGCAAGGUAAUUUCAUAUUUUGAAGAAAGAAUAUUGGCAUUUGUUUCUAUUUCUUUGAGGAAAGGAGAGAAACACCAGGUCCUAAAGAGAAUGCUAAGAAGAGUGAGUGGGUUGCUCUUCUUAUGGUUCUUAUUGCCAUUUUCCCAUUAAUUAAAGGCACACAUAGAUAACCUUGGUUCUUUUAUUCACUUUGGAAGUUCUAGUCUCUUAUGAUGGACAAGGUUACCUAAUGUUUCAAACUGUCAUUUUAUUUUUUUUUUAAGUGAACACUUGAAAAUAUAUUCUUUUGAUCUACAAGACAUUCUGAAAACCAUUAUACUUUCCUCCUAUUUCAACAGCUCUGAUAAUGAUAUGUAAAUGUUGUGUAGCUAGAUACUAUCGUUGCAUUUAAAAUGUGACCUCCCAGUUAUGAAUAAUUUGCAGAGCCACUGUAUUAACUGUGGUAUGUAAUCCACAAAAGCAUUACAACCUCUCUCACAUGAGAUAAACUAGAAGUUCUUAGUGAUGGCUUGACAGCCAAUGGCCUCAUUUCACAACUUUAGGUGUAAUUUUGGAGGAGAAAUAUAGACAAUAUAUCAUCAAUUGCCACCAACUACAGCUGGUUCAAGACACCCUAUCUUUUCAACAUUUGCCUUUUCCAUGACUUGGUAAAGGGUGGAAACACUGAUUUAAAGCAGUUUUUUAGGACUAUUUUGUUGCCACAGUUCAAAACAAAAUGGGGGGUGGGAGGUUCUAUUUUUAAAGAACAGAUGAAAAGACUAGACUCUAAAUUCUGGUGAUUAAAAUAUGAGUUUCCUCUAUUUUAAAAGUUUGCUUGCUUUCCUCUUCAGCUUACAAUUUUUUAAAAGUGAAAAUAGAAUUAAUAGACAUUUUAAAAAAUAGACACUAUGGUUUAGAUAUAUUUAUCAAUUCUCUAGGACACAUUGAACCUUAGUAUUAUUAUCAUGAUGCUUGACCUGGUUUCCAAAAAAUUGUACUCAACAUUCUUCAAUGAGGGUAAACAUUUUUCUUUUGCCAAGAAUAGCAUUAUAAAAAUAUUUUUGUAAUAAUAAAUAAUAGCUUUAAGUA